AUGGUCGGCCCCCCGCCCCUCGACGGCAUCAAAGUCCUCGAAUUCGCAGGCCUCGCGCCGGGCCCCUUCGCAGGCAUGCUCCUCGCCGACGCCGGCGCCUCGGUCCUCCGCAUUGACCGCAGGACCGGCGGCAGCGGCACGCCCCUCCCGACGGAGGACAUGCUGGCGCGGCACAAGUCCUCCGUCGCCGUCGACCUCAAAUCCCCCGACGGCGUCGAGUUCGUGAAGGCCCUCGCCUCCAGGGCCGACGUCAUCAUCGACCCCUUCCGCCCGGGCGUCCUCGAGAAGCUGGGGCUCGGCCCGGAGGUGCUGUGCGGCCUCAACCCGGGGCUGGUGUACGGCCGGAUGACGGGGUUCCGGAGGGACGGGCGGUAUAAGGACAUGGCGGGGCACGACAUCAAUUACCUCGCCGUCUCGGGGCUUUUGGGGCUGCUCGGGCGCGAGGGCGAGAAGAUCCAGCCGCCGUGGAACAUCCUGGCGGACUUCGCGGGGGGAGGGGCGGUGCUUUUUCAGGGCGUGUUGAUGGCGUUGCUGGCGAGGGGGAGGAACGGUGGGAAGGGGCAGGUCGUGGAGGCGAACAUGGUCGACGGGACGGCGUAUCUCGCGACGUUCCCGCGGUUCGCGCUCAAGACGCCGCUGGGAGAUGCGGGGAGGGGGAAGAAUAUCCUGGACGGCGGGUGUCCGUACUACGAUACCUACGAGACGAAAGACGGCAAGUACAUGGCGGUCGGAGCGCUGGAGCCGCAGUUUUUCAGGGCUCUGCUCAAGGGUCUUGGGUUGGAAGGGAAGGGCUGGGAGGAGAGGAGGCAUGAUCGGGACAACUGGCCGGAGUUCAGGGAGCUUUUGACGAGGACGUUCAAGAGCAGGACGCGAGCGGAGUGGGAGAAGGUGUUUGACGGGACUGAUGCGUGCACCACGCCCGUGCUGGAUUACGCGGAGCUCGAGACGGGGGCUGAGAGGGAAGGCGAUCAGAGGCCGGUGGUCACGCUGGUCGAGACGCCGUGUUUGGCUAUUAAUGAGGACAAGAGGGAAGAUCCGAGACGGGGGCAAGGGCCCGGGGUAGAAGGAGCAGGAUACGAGGGGUUUACAUUGGCCCCUGGUGAUGGUGGAGAGAAAGUCCUUUCGGAUUGGUUUGGGUGGAAGAAGGGGAGGGAUUUUGAGGUACAGAAUGGAGGACUUGUGCUCAAACAGAAGUCGAAGCUGUGA